GAGUCCUUCCCCGGGAGUCCCGCCCCGGGGCGGCGGAGCCCGGUGGGGCGGUAGGUUGGGAAUGGUCCCGUGUCUCCUUCACGAAGGAGAAGGCAGCGGAUAGCGCCCACCCCCGCGGCCGGAGCGGCUUCCUUGCUGCCCAGCCCGGGAUGCGGCUGCUUCCCCCCGCGCUCGGCGCAUCCCCGGGGCCCGCCCGGCUUGGAGGGGUCACCCCAGGUACGGCCGCACCGCCCCGACACCCGCUCCGUCACGGGCAGCCCGCCCUUGUCUCUCCAGGGAUCGAACCCGGGCUUCGUCAUUCCUCCUGGAAAAAUGGCAGCGGCGUUGUAUUUCUCCGUGACAUCCCGCUGCUCCUGAUGAAUAGGCCGAUUUUCCUUGAGGAGCCGCAAAAUCUUCCCUCUGUGCGGUUCGUAGCACCGCAGACCUCCCGAGUGCCACCGCGGCCUCCCCAGCCAAAGGUUUCAUCCCACCUUUCUGUAAGUGCACGGUGCUGUCUGAUCCUUAGGAUUCAGGAUACUCCAAGGAAAUUCCCCAGUAGAACAGGUUUGCCAGUGAAGGCACCAAUGGAAAUGUGGACCAACAGCACUGAGAGAUUUUACAGAAUUCCUGAAGGAAAGGGGCCACACUCGGUUGGAUGUACAGACCUGAUGACAGAUAAUGCAGUUGAGGGAAGCUUCUUACGCCUGUAUUACCCAGCAUGCGAUGCCACAGAUAUUGAGGAGGCACGAUGGAUUCCAGACAGAGAAUACUAUCAGGGACUCUCUGACUUCCUUAAUAUGUACCGGAUUGUAGGAGAAAGGCUUUUCCAUUACUACGUUGGUUCAGUGACCUGUCCCGCAAAGUCAAAUGCUGCCUUUAAGCCAGGAGAAAAAUAUCCACUUCUUAUUUUUUCCCAUGGACUUGGAGCUUUUCGGACAAUCUAUUCUGCUAUUUGCAUAGAGAUGGCUUCUCAGGGCUUUAUAGUGGCUGCUGUUGAGCACAGAGAUGAAUCUGCUUCAGCAACAUAUUAUUGUAAAAGAAGGUCCGUUUCUGAAUCACAGGAAGAGUCUACAUCAAACAUGGAGAAGGAGUGGAUCUACUACAGGAAACUGAAAACUGGAGAGGAGGAGCGUUGCUUGCGCCAUAAGCAGGUGCAGCAAAGAGCACAGGAGUGUAUCAAAGCUCUCAAUCUCAUUCUUAAAAUCAAUUUGGGAGAGGAAGUAACAAAUGUACUACAUUCAGACUUUGACUGGAACAGCCUAAAGGAUUCUGUUGAUACUAGCAGAAUAGCUGUGAUGGGACACUCUUUUGGUGGUGCUACAGUUAUUGAGAGUCUCAGCAAAGAAAUAAGAUUCAGGUGUGGCAUUGCCCUCGAUGUGUGGAUGCUUCCUGUAGGUGAUGACAUUUACCAGAACAGUGUCCAGCAACCGCUGCUUUUUAUCAACUCUGAAAAAUUCCAGUGGGCUGAUAACAUCUUAAAGAUUAAGAAGCUCAUCUCCAAUGACACAAACAAGAAAAUGAUCACUAUCAAGGGGACAGUACAUCAGAGCUUUCCUGACUUUACCUUUGUAAGCGGAGGAAUUAUUGCAAGAUUUUUCAAAUUAAAAGGAGAAAUAGAUCCAAAUGAAGCUAUUGAUAUCAGCAAUCAUGCUUCAUUGGCCUUCCUGCAGAAACAUCUAAGUCUUAAGAAAGAUUUCGAUAAGUGGGAUUCACUUGUGGAUGGCAUAGGACCCAAUGUUAUUCCUGGAAGCAAUAUUGACAUAUCUCCAGCUGAACCUGAAUAAGGAAUACAAAGAAGUACUGAAAAUGCCAUAGACAUCAGGACACUAAUGCUGGCCAGACAUUGCUCAGACAUGGGGUGGCAUUAAACACCUACACAGCUUUUGGGGUGUGGAAUAAAAAAAAAAAAAAAAAGGCAUUAAGUUACAUUACCAUAAAACCAGAGGUUUUGAUUCAAAUGAGUUAGUAGGAUAAUAGUGAAUGGAUAGUAGGAUAAUACUGAAAUACUGCAACAGGGUAACUUCUGCUUUGUAGGCAGCUUGGGGGAAAUCACUUCAUGGUAAUUUAAAUGCUCUUUCUGGUUUGGACCUAAGUCAAGUUUGCGGAGAGACAGAUUAAGCUCCAAGGAAUACAACUACAGUUCUGCUUACCAAGCUUUAAGUCAGUUUGCAUCCAGCAAGCAACCAAAACCACCCCUCCCCCAAAACCACCACUUUGUCAUUUAGAUACUGUUUCAGCUGUGCUCUGACAACAGCUGUGAGUUGGGGCAGGUUGUUGCUCCUUCCAGUCAGAAAGGUGCCAGUGGAGGGUGGUCUUCAAAACUGCCUUAUUUUAGUAAACCACAGUAAAAGCUACAGGAAAUAGUUAAGAUCACAGCAGAGAAAGGUGUUUGUUCAGACACAGGACUCCUCAUAUGAACUUGAUCCACUUAAAUGUAAGAUCUGUGUUUAGUGCCAUACCUAGAGAAUAUUUCUAUUCCAAAAGCUUCUGUAUUGGUCACUCUGUAAUUCCCUUUGGGCAAAGCUCCAGGCAGUUCCUCUCUUGUUAAUGUCUGUUACCACUAUCACACAGCCUGCAGCUGAAAUUAUAGAGAUGUGGCACCUGUAAAGCUCCCUUUACAUGGUCCUUGUUAGCACUGCUUGAUCUUCUGAGGUCUCUCAUGGUACUAAUUCUCCCCUGAUACUCCUCUUUGUCCAGGUACAGUGCUGUCUGUAGCUGACAGCAGAAGCAGCUGGCUCCCACUGACAGAGAGCAAUGGUAAUACCUGGACAAAUAGUGUCCACAGCCACCUGGUCAGCCUUGUUUAAGGCUGUCAUUUUUGGAUCAGAAGUUUCUGAAUCUGCCCCAUGGGAAGGGUGUCUUCUGAAUUAUGUUCAUUUCAAAAUGAGGUUACAAACAAAACUGAAGCAAGCAGAACAAGCAAAGCAAUUAACAGUGUAAUUAAAUGUUACAUAAUCUGUGAUCUUAAAAUGAGAUUGCAACAACACCUAAGACCUGUCCUUCAAAAUUUAAUGAAGUUCUUUCCAACCUA